AUGUCGUCCCACGUACUGCUGGCUAAACUUGCUACCUUCUCGGAUGCGUUUCUCUCGGGCCUUGUGACUCUCACCGCCGUUGCAUUUGCCCUUUUCCAGUUCUCUAGUGAUGCCCUUCUGUUGAUAGCGGCGCGCGCUCUUCAGGGCCUCGCAGCUGCAGCUCUCACCGGCGCUUCUUCCGGGCUGCUUGCUACGGCGUCUAGUACCGGGCGCAAUUGGCUCUCGGUCGCCUUCCUGCAAAACGUUGCCAUGACCACGGCACCUUUCAUCGGCGGGCUACUUUACGAUCGGUACCGUAUCGAUGCUGUAUUUUACAGCGCCUACGGUCUCGUCGCAUUGAACGUGGUGCUGGCUCUGCUGGCCGCUGGUUCCGGGCGAGCCACUCCGGCCAGCUCUGCGAACGAAAGAGCGGCUCUCCUCGCGUCGGAGACCCAGCGGGGCGGUUACGGUACGAUGCCUCCAACUGAGACCGGCAGCCUCAGUGGAAGAUCCUCUCGAUCAGUGUCUCCGACAUCGAUGCCUGUGAGGUCGAGUCGGCGCAAUGCGCCCACAAGCUUCGUCGCCGCCUUCUCGUGGAGUCCUCGGCUCUUGGUCGCCUUUGGUGGAUACCUUGUCCUUAGCCUACUCACCUCUGCGCUCCAGAGCGUGCUUCCGCUCUUUGUUCAACGCCAAUAUGAGUGGUCAGUGUUAGCAAGUGGAUCCGUGUUUGUUCCGCUGUCAGCGCCUGCUGCUGUGCUCGGGAUUUUAUCUGGCGCGAUCGCGGCACGCGUGCCCCGGUCGAUCCGGUUCCUUGCGACAACUGGCUUUCUGGCUUACAUCCCGGCCUUAUUACACCUAGGGCAACUCGAAGAGAACACCAAGGUUGCACAACACGCGUUCCUCCUGACGCUCGGCGCCAUCUCUUCUGCCACCGGUUUCAUCGCAGACCCGCUGGUCAAAGAGAUGACGAAUGCUGCAGGGUCCUCCUCCUUCGGUGACUCUUGGAGUGCCACAGCGCAGGCCAAUGCCGCUCCGCUACUCGCCAACGCCUGGGGUGGCCUGUUUGGGCCUGUCCUUGCUGCCGCCCUCAGCUACCUUUACGGCUGGCAGUUCAUGACGAAGUCGUUGGCGGUAAUCUCAGCGGGAAUGGGCGCUGGUGCUUUGCUGUUUCUCCAGGGUUGGAUUGCGAGCCCCUACUCGGAGGCGCGCGCGCGCUCCGCAGGGACGACCUCGGACGAAGAGGCUGGCCCCUUGCUAAGGGGCAGUGGUCCCAAUGACGACGCGUUCCAGAGCCCUGAGGCUUACAGCGGCAAGGAGGACCGGUAUGCUCGCUCGGACGGGGGAUCGUCGGACGCCCGCCACGACGCGAAUCGCAAGCAUCGCCCGCACCGCCGCCACUUCAGUGUCGACAACUUCUCCGUAGCUACAACGGCGGGGCCUGGCAGCAUGGACUCGUCCACCUCCUCGGUCCGUUUCCAGGCAGCGCUGGAGACGCCCCACAAGCAAGGGGAGCAGCACGGAGCGGCGCUACGUCAUGCGAGAGGCACCCCACGCACCAGCCACGGAUCCGCUGCUGGCUGCAGGCAGUCUGUACGUGAUUGA